AUGCCUGACAUGCACAAAGAGAGGUUCAAUCUGGGUAACGGGAAUCCCGUCCCUUGUCGUUUUGUUUCUCUGAUCCAUGAGCCUGGCCCAGACAUCCGUCGAUGUGGCUUAUUGUACCAGGGUAUCAUGGAAUUACCGUUGAUGAGCGGGAUAAGUCCGCAUCAGCUCGAGGACGAGGACGACGACGACGACGACGACGACACACACCGAAGUCGAUUGGUUAGUCGAAAUGGAAUAUCCCAGAUAUUAGCUUUAAGGUUCAGUUUUAUUGGUGAUAUAUGGGUCUAUUUCGCCUGGACGGACCAACAUGCGCCGACGAGCCUUGAUUGA